UCACAUUUUAUUCCAAAUUAUGAUGUAUUCGGGAGCCGUUGUGGGCUUGGAUGGGCGGUCAGAGCCCCGCCGGCCGUCGCUCUGCUCGGGGCCGGGCUGCGCGGCGGCCUUUGCGGGGUGCGCUGGAGAGCGGAGGCGCUGCAGAGCUCGCGGGUGAGCAGCGCGCAGCCCCGCGCCUUGCAGCCGGGAGCCGGGGUCUGUGGUCCGCACCGCACUUCAGCUUCUCCCAUUUCUGCUCCUGUCAUCACCAUCACAGCCAUCAUCAUUAACAUCCUAUUUUAAUUGAAAUAAUCGUCCCGAAACAGAGCGGCGAGUCACUUUAGCUUCCUAGGUGGGAGAACAAAGCCGCAUAGGAUUCUUCCCCUCCCGCCCCUACUCUGCUUUCUAAGGCGCUGGGUUUGGGGUAAGGAGAGAAAAUGGAGAGGGUCAGACCGAAACUCCUUCCUACGCAAACGCCACCCCCGGCCUGAGUGGGCUUCCCUCCUUCUUUUCUCCCCUCCCUCCAUUUGGAUUAGAAGAGAAAGAAAAACCUCCUCCCUCACUGGGUUGAAGCCUAGGGAAAAUUAUUCCUAUAUUUCCACAAAAGCCGCAGUCCAAGGAAGGAAGGCUUCGCAAUUAAUUCAAGACUUCGAUGUGCGAUCAGAAACUGGACUUUUAGGCAAAAAAACCCCACCAAAUUAAAACCCACCGGAGGGGGUGGGAACAACUAAACCAGCUACACCUCGGGAGCAGUUUUUACCCUCUGUCCCUUGAUUAUGGCCGCAACAAACUAUUAGCUUUAGCAUUCCUCCUUAUUCUGCCUAUUUAAGCCCGAAAAAUCGAAAAUCAUUUUGUACGGGUAGUAAAGGUAAGGGAUUUCUUCAUUUCUUUCUCUCUUCCGCUGUUCUCUGCAUUUUCUUUCUUUCCUUCUUUCUGUCAAUAGGCAAAAAAGAAAGGACCUGAAUAGAUUUUGUCACCCCUCCCCAUUCCCGCAGAGAAGUACAAUCCUUGGAGAAUCAGGUUCUGGUUUCGCUUUGGGUUCGAGGUGGGUAGAUGGGGGUUCUAGACAGGGCGGCGGAGGUUGGGGGGCCUCCGAGGUUCUGUAGCGCUGAUUAGGGCCUGGAGAUGGCACCCACCUUUCCCGACUCAUCCCCCACGCUCCCGCCUCAAGCUGGGGUCGACCCCUUGGCUCUGGCGCUGUGGCGGCUGUUGGGGCCUGGUUCAGGUUGUGGAGAAAACAGCGCAGACAACGUCCGUUUUGGGAAAACAAACGGCCGCCUUGAAUCACAUCGAUUCCAGUUGCAGGGUUCAAAAAUAUUCUGGGCAGCUUGCAGGGAGGGGUUGUUGUGGGACCGAAGUUAUUUCUGAUUGGUCAGGUGUAGUGUUCAUUUUUACACGGACGAGGUGAAGCCGAGUCUCUGAUCACCUGCAGGAUGGGGGUAGAAAGCGGUCCGCAGCUCCCUGGGCUGGUCAGCGGGGGGACACGAGGUAAUUCCCAGACAUUGACCCUCAUUUCUCUCUCUCCCUCCCUUUCGCCCUCCCUCUUUCUCUCCACCCCCAUCUUUCCUGGAAACUCGGUUUGGGCGCGGCAGAUCGCCCAGGACCACACCGCAGCCUAACUGCUGGCCUCUCGGCUGUGAGAGGGGCUCAGAAAGCAGAGAACCUAGCUGCCCCUCACCCCUCCCUGUUGGAAGAGUGGAGGUCCUAUUUCAAGGGGCUGGUCUCUCUAACUAUGCCCGAGGAUGACCGAGCGGCCGCCCGGCGAGGCGGCCCGCAGUGACCCCCCGCUCGAGGGCCGGGAGGCGGCCGAGGCCCGCAUGGCCCCCCCGCAUCUGGUCCUGCUGAACGGCGUCGCCAAGGAGACGAGCCGCGCGGCCCCAGCGGAGCCCCCGGUCCUGGAGCUGGGAGCGCGCACCGGGCCGGGGGGCGGCCCUGCCGGUGGGGGCGGUGCCACCAGGGACUUAAAGGGCCGCGAAGCGGCAGCGGUCGAAGCGCGCCUUCGGGUGCCCACCACCGAGCUGUGCAGACCGCCCGGCCCCGCCCCGGCCCCCGCUCCGGCCUCGACCCCGGCCGAGCUGCCUGGCGACGGCCGCAUGGUGCAGCUGAGCCCUCCCGCGCUGGCGGCCCCCGCCGGCCCCGGCCGCGCGCUGCUCUACAGCCUGGGCCAGCCGCUGGCCUCUCUGGGCAGUGGGUUCUUUGGGGAGCCUGAUGCCUUCCCUAUGUUUGCCACUAACAACCGAGUGAAGAGGAGACCCUCUCCCUAUGAGAUGGAGAUUACAGAUGGUCCCCACACAAAAGUUGUGCGGCGGAUCUUCACCAACAGCCGGGAGCGAUGGAGGCAGCAGAACGUGAAUGGGGCAUUUGCUGAGCUGCGCAAGCUGAUUCCCACACAUCCCCCAGACAAGAAGCUCAGCAAGAAUGAGAUCCUCCGCCUGGCAAUGAAGUACAUCAAUUUCUUGGCCAAGCUGCUCAAUGACCAAGAGGAAGAGGGCACCCAACGGGCCAAGCCCGGCAAAGACCCCGUGGUAGGGGCUGGUGGGGGUGGGGCCGGGGGUGGUGCACCCCCUGAUGACCUCCUGCAGGAUGUGCUUUCCCCCAACUCCAGCUGUGGCAGCUCCCUGGAUGGGGCGGCCAGCCCGGACAGCUACACAGAGGAGCCGGCACCCAAACACACGGCUCACAGCCUCCAUCCUGCCCUACUGCCCGCCACUGAUGGGGCCGGCCCCCGGUGAUGGGUCUGGGGCCAGCCAGGACCGGCCAAGAGGAAAUCCCUAGGCCACUGGGAUAGUGGGUGUCAGGGUAGGGAGGGGGAGAAGCAGGGCAAUGGAUUUUUGAUGAACUUCCCUUGAAGUCUGAACUUUGGGGUGCCCUAACUGUCUCUCAGGCCUCGCUAUCCCUGCUCAGUAGGAUAUUCUGAUUCCUGCCUCAGUAGGAGAACAGGAAAAUGGAGCAAAGUAGUAGGUACUUUUUCUGAAGAUGGCACGGUUUUCCUUCUCCCCACAGCCCCUGAGAGUUCCCAAGUUAGAGGCUUAAGUGUCAUUGCUUUUGGCCUGAAGUUUAGGAACUCCGUCUUUGCCAGGAUCUGGGGUUGUCAGCUGUCACCUGAGGCAUCCAGCAGCCUCUGCCUUGCCUUUAGCCCCUCCUGAAUGGCUGGGGUGGCUAUAGUGGCUGCUUCUGUCCAAAUACGUAGGUACCCAGUGGCUGCCCAUUUCUUCAGCCUUGUCUUCAACCAGGCCCAUGUUGGUCCAUCCAGCUUGCCAGCUGCUGCGGGAACUCCUAAGCCUCGAGGUGCCUUCUUCAGGGCCUGGUGGAAGAACAUGGCCAGUGGACAGACUGCUUUCACCUGGGCCAGAGAGUUAGAAAACCCAGGAGCUCUUCCUUUUUACCUGGAGAUCAGAGCUCUACUUUCUGCAUACUGAGGCUUGCCUUCUUGUCCUGGGGCUGUUGGGACUGAGAGUACAGCCUUGAAAAUGCCUUGCUGGGUUUUGUAUGAAGGCAGAAAAAGGGAAAAUGAUAUUAGAAGUUGAGCAAGAAAUAUUUUGGGCAUAUGAGCUUCAACUCCUAUAGUCACUGUUCAUGUCGUUGAGUAAACGCCAGUGUGCUCAUGGGCACCUGUUGGUGCUGAGAUGCGAGAUUGUAUGUGUUCUCCAAGGUGCCACGCUGUGUCUGUCUGCUGAAGGUCUGGUUUUUCUUCUGAACUGAGCACAAACUGUCCUAUGACUUUUUUUUUUUUUUUGUAUUUGGAAUUUCUGCUUGACUUCUGUUAUUGGUGAAAUCUUUAGGUCUCGAUAAGACCCAGGACACAGGCCCACUUUUAGAAGUGAUUGGGGAAUACAAUCAGAGGCUAGGCCCUGGCUACGACCCAAACAUGCACAUUCACUUCACAGAACCUUAAGCACCCUUCUGCUGCAACUUUCAGUGUCAGGGUUGUAUAUGGUCUAGGAGGCUGGUUUGAUUCAAUAGCAAGGCGCAUUCUGAGAGCUGUACAUGAAAUUUGUAUAAAUCAAAUCCUUCUUCUUUAUCUUUUACAGAAAUAACUACCGAAAGCCCUUUUGUAAAGUGAAUCUUUUGUAGUGUGGAUCACUGUCUGUUUGCUCUGUCAAUUCUUUCUUUCUUUCUUUCUUUCUUUCUUUCUUUCUUUCUUUCUUUCUUUCUUUCUUUCUUUCUUUCUGAUGGAGCUUUGCUUUGUAGCCCAGGCUAGCCUCAAACUCAUGGCAAUCUUCCUGCCUCAGUCUCCCAAAAGUUAGGAUCAGAGGUGUGUACUACUAUGUCCAGCCUGGGACAUAGUUUUUUUAAAGCUCGGCCUGCCUGAGAUGCAUUCUGGCCCCAUAUAGCCUCACAGAAGCUGUGUGUGUCUGCCAUUGUAUCUAAGUUCUACCCUCCUACAAGGCUCUUGAGGUCAGAGGGAAACUGGUUGAUGGCCCCAUCCUAUCAUGCAGAAGCCCAUCAUGUUCUGAGCUUCGGCCCUGGAGUUGCUUUGAGUACGACCCUGUGCAAACAAGGAGGGGGUCCUCGCUUCCCUCCCCUUCCUUCUGAGUUGUGAGGUUUGUUUCUUGGGCAUGGUGAGAGUAUUGGAACCACUGAAAUGCUCUCUCCUGCUCAUUUCAGACCCCCAAGACAAAUGUGAGGGUUGAUUGCAUGGCUUGGGAGAUACUGUGAGGAGUCUCAUGCUUGUAAACAUGGAGCAACUAGAACAACACAACACAUGGAGCAACAGUCCAUGACUUUAAGGCUGUGUUAGGCUCCUAAAUCGAUUAACUUGAUUUAGCAAUGAAGAGAAGUUACACAUGAAUGGAUGGCUUCUGUUCUUUGCUUUUUUUGGUACCGGGAAUCAAACUCAGGGCCUCGAGCUUGCCAGGCAGGUGCUGUGCUGCUGAGCUAUACCCUCACUCCCAAAUGGGUGGGAUUUCUGAGAUGGGUCACACAUUUCUCUCAGGAUGUAGCUUCUGGUUUCCUUUUCUGCAGUGUUCUGGGGAUAGCUAUCCUCCUGAGUGUCAGAAUCUCAUAAAUACCCUGGCUUAGCCAGUCACUUAGGGCAUCAGCUGUGAAUGUGGAAGUGUUUUUUGAAAACACACUGAGUUCUUUGGCGGGCUGUGGGUGUAGCUCAGGGGCCAGAGCACUUGCCUAGCAUGUCAGGUCAUGGAUUCAAACCCCGACCUUCCUCCCUUCCAAGAAGAAGAAACAAGGCUCUAUUGCCUUCAGUACCAAUCCCACAGAAAGGUUUCCGGCCAUGGGCACUUGGUAUUUGGGUGAUUCAGGUUGUAAACUACUUUUGCCUGCGUCAUGUAGGUUCUCCUCGUUUCUCCAGGCUGUCUUAGUUUCUGUCUCACUGCAAGGAGAGAGAGAUGUGAGAGUAGGAAAGAGGUGGGGACCUGGGCAGACUGUAGAAGGUAUCAACUUCUACCCCAGGGCCAAGAUAGGGAGGGAAGGAGCUUUAGAUCUUUGAAAAAACUGAACAAGAUUCCUAAUUCCUGUUCUCGCCUCCCAUAACUCCUGCUCUGAGCCUUUCUUUGGCUUCUCCUUGCCCAUGAAGACAUGGCAAUGUCCCAAAAAUAAUAUUUGCAGAAUCUGUACAAGAGGGAGAAUGUACAAAGGCAAUAACCUUUUCUGAGGAGAACAAAAAUGAGUGAGGAAGGAAUCCCAUCUCUUAAGAAGAAUUCAUAUUAUUUUAUUUGUAGUGGCAAAUGACAAGAUGGUACAACCUUUAUCCUUUUCCAAAAAUAAAACAAAGGGCAUCUGCAGCCAGCCAAUAACGCUGUGGCCUCCUGGGCGGAUCUAGUUGUACUUGUGAUUUCAGUGGUACCAACCCUGAUGCGAGGCCGCCCUGGCCAUGUACAUAGCGCAGUUUCUGUGAGUGGGCCCGGCACUUUGCGUCAAUGUCGUACUGUACGUGAUGAAUUGCAUUGGUCUCUGCAUUUUUCUGCAGAUGAGAAGUAACUGCUCUGGGUACCUUGACCUUUGUAUGCCCCGAGGCCAACACAAUGGGCAUGCAAGUCCUGAGCGAGCAAACCCAUGUGUUGAUGAUGAUGUGUGUACAUAUAUAAGGUUAUAUGGGGAAGAUUUCUAAAUAAAAGUUUUACA